CUGUAUUUUACGCAGACGCAAUUAUAUAGUUAACUGUUUAUAUAUCAGUGGUUCAUAACCCAGUUUAACCUUCGUCAAGUGCUCACCAGUGACAGAAAAUUCAGCAAUGGAUGAUCAGUCCCCUGACAUGACUGACAUCCUUGAGGAUGAUCUUGAUAGAGCACUCCCAGUAGAGGCUCUGGGUGUUCCGAGUCGCGUCGCUACACUUGUCAACUCCCCAACAACAGAUACCCUGGACUCCGUGGCUUUGGAGCCAUCUCCUACUGAUGAGGAUGAUGGUGAAGAAAAGACUGAUGGCAUAAACGAUGCAGGGAGUGACCAACAAGAGCCAAUCACAUUCAAUGCAUCCAAUGAUACAUCUCCCACAAGUGAAACACUGAGUAAUGAACAGCAGAUAACAGAUGUCACUGAAGCCUUCUCCCAGGUUGAUGUUGGGAAUCAGGAGACUUCAAACCUACCACAACCUAGUCUCAGCAGCUACUUUGAAAGCCCUGUUGGUGGUAAUGAUGCCACUGACUUCUUUGACUCUAUCUCAGGUCCACCAGAAAGUCCUGGGCUUCAGACUGUGCCUCAGUCAGACAUUAUCCAAGCUGACACCUCUGGCUUGCAAGCUCUCACUGAGAGUCAGUUUGACAGCUUGACAGGAGGGGAUCAAGGAAGCGAGAUGGUGCAGUCAGAUUUGCAGGUUUCACAGCUGGAAGAUCCUGAGGUGGACCUGGUUCAGGAAAUAGCAGAGUCUGACACCCAACCCAUUCACAGGGAGCCAGAGAGCAUUCCAUUUGAAGGGGAGACACUGUUGACUCCUAGGGAACUGCAAGGUAGUAGUGAGGAUCUGCUCAGUAAAAGUGGAUUUGAAUCCUUCACAGCCCAAGGGGAGGAAACUCUUGGUCCAUGUGGCGAUGGCGGUGAGAUGAUAAAGACCUCAAAUCAAGAGUCAGCACUGAAAACAACUGAGCAGUCGAUGCUGUUUCCAGGAUACCAACAGGCUCAUCAGACACCAAGUGUUGGAACAACACCCACCCAGUUAUCUCCCCUGUCAACCCCAGUUCACCAGACUGCCACAAGUGCCCCUCCUCUACAGCAGUCCCCAGGGGCCUACUCCUACUCCCAGCCUCCUGGUCUUGACCGUCAGACGUCUGUUCCUUCAGCUCCUCCGAGCCCCUUCCGGCAGUUUGACGGCUCCACCACUACAACCCCUCCGGCCUUCUCUUCAUUCACAGAUGGGGCUGAUGACCCCUUCACAUCCAGCCUCUCCACCAGUGAUGCUGAUCGCAGAUAUGAUGCAUGGCUACCUUCAGAUGCCACAAGACAUAUUCUGGUGACCAUGGCAACCAGUGCUCCUGGAAGCUACAUUCCACCAGCUGAACAACUCAGUUGUCCCAGAGUGAUGAGCAGUGAGCCACAGGGGGAUCCAGUGCGUGACCUUGUGUAUCGCUACAUGGGAGAGCAGGAGUCUGUCAAGAGGAAAGUGCUGACAUCACAUGCUGUGUCACAGGACUUUGCUGGCUUGGAACAGCUCAUUUCUGCAGGAUGCUUGAGGGCAGCUGUUGAUCUGACAGGGAAGAUGUUGGCUGAUGCUGGACAAGGGGAGGCAACUGGUGGGGAGCCAACACAACAGUCCAAAUACACUCUGCAGCUGUGGUUCUGCCGUCUGUCGCUGCUGCUUCGUCUACGUCUCUACGAUGUUGCUGAUACAGAGCUGCGUGGCUUCCAAACCCUUGACACACCCGACCUGUACUAUGAGUUCUACCCUCAUCUGUACCCAGGCAGAAGAGGCUCCAUGGUGCCGUUCGGAAUGAGGUUGUUGCAUGCUGAGCUGCCAAGUUUCCUCGGACGCAAUCAAGAGGCUCUGGACAAACUGUACUACGUCCUGGCAGUCAUCAGCAGGAUGCUGUGUAACCUGGACAGCGGGCUGGCUGAGGAUGGGAGUGUGUGGGAGAUGUCAGCUGACAGCAGGAAAAAGUCUGUAGAACUGUGGCGACAACGAGAGGUUCAGACUUUGUACAAGAUUGCUGGUGUCAUGGUGUUUGUGAAGGACUAUGAAGCUGCUCUAUCUGUUUACGAGUCCCUGGAAGAGAAGGUCAAGGACCACAUGGAGUCUCUGAGGAGUGGGAUCGGGCGAAUAUAUCUUCAGAUGGGAAAUGUUCCUGAUGCCCUGGUAAUAUUCAAGCAGCUGGAAGCAGAUUCUGAGAAGGGAGACAAUACAUCCAGCUGCAGGAACUCCAUCAACAGGGGUCUGGCAGCCAUGUGUCAGAACAACUUCUCGGAGGCAUAUGGUCUUUUCAAGUUGGCUGUGCAGUUGGAACCACUCAAUACAUGUGCUGUUAACAACAUGGCGGUGUGCUCGUUGUACCUGGGCCGUCUUAAGGACGUCCUUAAUACCCUAGAGUCCCUUGUCCACCGGGACCCCGCCAACAAUCUUCAUGAGGGCAUCCUCUUCAACUUGUGUACUCUGUAUGAGCUGGAGUCCUCGCGGGCGCUGCACAAGAAGCAGACCAUGCUGGACCUCGUCAGUCGACACAAGGGUGACGGCUUCCCCAUUGUGUGCCUCAAGAUGACCUAGACAUUCAGGUGUCAUGUGAUACCCAAGGUCUCUGUGGAUGCAGAGCUAAGGUGAAGGUCAAUAUUACGUGGAAUGUAAUCUGAGACCUGGACAUUUUUGGAAGAGUUGUCACGUGUUGACCUUCACGUUGACAUUUUGGGAAGAGGAGGUAACUGAGGACCAAGCAAACCAUCGGAUGUUGAAGUCAUCGCGACCUCCUGCGGGAAGCUGCAAUAACAAACAGUGAUGAUCAUGAAGAAUUAAUAUACGUAUUAGAAUUUGUUGUGUAAAAAGCUGAUACAACAUCAUGUACAUGGAGUGCGCACCAGAACAAUCAAUGACCUUGUAGAGUUGUCUCCCUUUGCAGGUUUGAGUUAUCUCUGUACACCCUCAAUAUGUGAUAAGUUGCUUACCUUGAAUGUUUUGUAGAGAUUGUUGCUUUCCACAUCAUUGUCAUCCCAAUUCUCCAGGCGAAUGUCCCUCCCCAGAAACUGAAACAAAUUUAUUAUUUAUAUAGCAGCUGUGACUUGCAGUUCAAUAAGUGUCAAAUUUAAGGAUUUCGCCAGAACUGUAUUGUUCCUAUAUAUAAUCGUGAAUAACUGAGGGGAUAUGAGGACCGCUGUAUUACACUGAAACAGUUCUGCAACAUUCCACAGUAUUUAAUUCCUUGUCAAGACAAAUAUAUUCAAUUUAUUGUGAAAAUGUGAAAGAAACUGAAUAAAUGUGUUUGCUGAA